AUGAAAACCAACACUCUCAUUGCGCUUUCGGCUUUGCCUUCCCUCGGCCUCGCGCUGUCGACAGGGCCAACCAAGCAGCCAGGGCUGAACUCACUAAUGGAAAAGCGAGGAAAGCUGUACUUUGGAACCAUCAACGAGGUGAACUACCUGAACGAUACCAAGCACACCGCAAUUCUCUCCAACCGCAACGAGUUCGGUCAAAUCACGCCCGAAAAUAGCCAAAAGUUCGCCGCCACCGAGCCGCAGCGUGGCGUGUUCAACUUCACCAACGCUGACCGUCUCGUUGAUCGCGCGCUGGCCCGCGGCCAGGAGGUGCGCUGCCACAAUCUAGUGUGGUACAAUGGUCUUCCGGAGUGGUUGACGUUAGGCACCUGGGACCGUCCCACUCUCCUAGACAUCAUGGAGAAUCACAUCAAGCAUGUUGUGCAGCAUUACAGGGGUCGCUGCUAUGCCUGGGACGUGGUGAACGAGGCCUUCAACGAGGACGGCAGCUACCGCGACACGAUCUGGUAUAAGACAAUCGGACCGGAGUAUAUCCCUCUUGCCUACGAGCUGGCCGCCAAAUACGACCCCAUGGCGAAGCUAUACUACAACGACUAUGGCAUUGAGUUUGUGAACAACAAGUCCGUCGCGUCGGCCCGUCUCGUCCAGGAUCUUCGGGCCCAGGGCGUAAAGCUGGACGGGGUCGGCUUGCAGGGCCACCUUCCGGCAAUUCAAUCCCCGAAUUACGACGACCAGAUGGCGGGUCUUAAGCUGUUUACCGACCUCGGGGUGGAGGUGGCGUAUACCGAGCUGGAUGUCUUUAUCCAGAUGCCCAACAACGCGGCCAAAACGGCGCAACAGGCCCAGGCCUAUGUGGAUACUUUGCGCGCUUGUCUCGAUACUCCGAAAUGCGCCGGGAUCACGCUCUGGGGAUUCUACGAUCCGUACUCAUGGGUGUGGGAGGGAGUCCCUGGGUUUGGAGAUCCUUGUUUGUGGGAUGCCAGAUAUAAUAAAAAGCCGGUCUACGAUGAGAUGGCGAAGGUGCUGAAGCAGUAG